GAACCAAAAUAAAAAUUUUGAGUAUAUUCCCUGAACGAGUACCGACUACCGAGUCAAAGGAACCAGAGAUGACUUCGGUCAUCGGAUGGUACGGCCCACAGGUGGAUCUAUGCAGAGUCGCCUCUCACGUCGGUGAUUUCGUUCAGUUGCUCGUCUUCGUCCACCGUUCCACUCCCGUGCAGUACAAGUUGCCGAAAGGUGGAGAAACCGUUAGGACGGACAUUCAGGUCGGCGAUGAGACGCACCCGUUCUUCGUCGUGUCCUUGUGGCAGAAGCAGAUGAGAAACGUUGCCGCUGCCGGCGACGUUGUGUUGUUGCAGAAUAUGAAGAUAGCCAAAUUUGGACAAGUCGUGGAGGCUAGAAGCGCACUGUGUUCGUCAGUAGUUCGUUUGGUGCAUCCUUAUGAAUCCCUAGUUUCUAAAGGUCUCGAUGAACUGAUUAUGGAAUCUGGAGUCCAGAAAUUAGCAAAGGCAAAGUUAGCAAAAGUGAUCAAAUGGGUCAAGAAAGAUGGCUGUGCUCUCUACAACAUUGCCAAUGGGUCACACGAGUCUAUGCAGAAGAGGAUGCAGUAUAGGAACUGGAAGUUACCGGAACAAAAUGAACCGCAUACCUUUUUCUUGCUUUCUGAUGUAUCUUUGUUAGUCAAAUCCUGCAAGGCUGUAUUCAAUGGGUUUGUGGGUGAAAUUUUUUUACCAAUUACCUGGAGAACCCUUGGAGACUCUGAGAAAGAGAAGAUGUUUGUCAGCAGGAGAACAGCUAGAACUGAAGAUGAUGAUCUAGCUGAAGAUUUUAUUUGCGUUGGUUGUCAAUUAUGUGGUUCCCCUUUGAAUAUGGAGGAUGGGUAUGGAAGCUUACGAACUGCUCUCUAUAUUAUCUUCAUGUUCUGUGUUUGCCAGCACUUACCAAGCCAAUAUUUGUUCCCUACACAGCUGCAGGUUCAAACAGAAUUUUGCUUCUCUCUACUGCGCAAAGAGCUCAAAUUGUCUCCAUGUAGUAAGCUUGAUAUACAGGCCUUUUCUGGUAUGUUAUAUGUGUGGGAUGAAUCGGAAUAUAUACCUCUCCUGGUAAAGAACAAAGCAGCAGAGCUUUUGUUUGGAAACAUCACAGCAGAAAGGGUGAAGUCCUGCUACGAUGAACUGAAACCAAAACUGGAUGAUGCUCCAAGUACUCGCCCAAUAGCUGUGGAGAAGAAGCCUGCUUCUGGUAGGAGUAUUAAUUUCCAUUGCCUUUGGGUAACGAUGGUGAAAAUGUUGUUGGAGCAAGGUCAAAACAGCCCCUUGAACUUUGAAGUGGACGUGAAUCCAAGCAUAGAUAUUGAAAAUGGGAGGUAUGAGGUUUUGUCUCUGUCGGUUCCAUGCUUCGCAAAGCCAAGAAAUCACUGAAAAAGGAAGCGCAUGACAGUUUUGGCCUCAAAAUAGCGGACAAUUCGGACUUAAAUUAUGAAGUUUUUCACCAAUUUUGAUGUAAAUUUUUCUUUUUUAAGUUUUAAUUAUUGAUUUAUUAAGUUUCAUUAUUUUGGACCCAAGGAAU